AUGGCACUUGGUGGCGUACAGAUGGUGACGGUAUUUGCAUUUGCAAUUAACAAUUUCAAACGAUCCGAAGAGGAGGUCGAUGCGCUCAUGGCACUCGCCAAAGCGCGGUUAUUGGAACUGUAUCAACAUGGCGAAGUGAUUUCGCGCUACUCUGUGCGCGUACGCGUUGUAGGAAAGAAGGAAUUGUUACCUGCAGACGUGCAAGAAGCGAUAAUGACGUUGGAGAAAGCAACUUGCCACAACACUGGUGCCGUUCUUAACAUCUGUAUGCCGUACUCCUCGCAGGAUGAGAUGUGCCAGGCUUAUGCUUCGUGCGUGGAUGUGGAUCAGCUAGGAGAAUGCACGCCGCCAAUUACUCGCAAAGAUCUUGAUGACAAGCUCCUUGUAUCGCCAAAUGUCCCUGUUGACCUCCUGAUACGAACGUCCAAGGUGCACCGAUUGAGCGACUUUCUCUUGUGGCAAUGCAAUGAACACACACAGCUACACUUUGUGGACCAGUAUUGGCCCAUGUUCGGCGCCAAAGAAUUGAUACCAAUUUUACUGCAAUACCAGCGGUGUAAAAUCAUGGGUUACUAG